AUGACCUUCCCUCCCUCCGUCCCCCCAUGGUACCAUCAGGUGUUUGAUGCGGUUGCCAUUGAUGGUGAUCCGGUGCGAGCCAUGUGCCUGCACCUCAUGGCCGCAUGCCAUGCCAGGCUCGGCGACCCUGAGGAGUGUCUCUCACUCCUUGUGCAGUGCGAGGCGGCGCUGGAAGCUGCCAAGAAGCUUCAGAGCCUCAUGCAAGAACAAGACGUAGCUGGGAGUGAGCAGGAAAUAGGCUCAGAUGGGGGGAAGAAGAGUGGAUUGGGAAGUGGAGGAGUGGAGAAUGGGGGAAUGGGGAGUGUAGGAAGGGAAGGUGGAAGGAUAGAGGGUGGUGAUGGCGAUGGGGAGGGGGAGGGGGAGGAAGCAGCAGCAGCGGCGAUGGCACAAGGGACAGCCGAUGCCAUCCACAUGGUUGGGUUUGCCAUGCACAUGCUGCGAGCUGACGUCAGCAGUGCCAGUGGGGACAUGGACACUGCAAUGAAGGCGUAUAGGACUGCUCUGGAGCUACAAGAGGAGGCGUUAGGAGCAGACGAUCCGAGGGUAGCAGACGCAUUGCAGCAUGUGGGGGAGGAGUGUGCGAGACACAUGCGGCUAGCUGAUGCCCAUGCCAUGGGGAUGCGCGCGCUGCACCUGCAUGAGGCGCAUAGGAGGGGCCUGCUAGCAGCAGUGCAUGCGGGUCAAGGCGAUGCCUCCCCUGCAGUCCACCACCUCUCAGCAGCAGCCGCCCUGCUCUCCUCCCUGCUCUCCUCGUCCUCCCCGCCCUCCGCCCUCUCCCCCCUCGACCUCGCCUCUGUACACCUCGCCACAGUCGACAUUAUCCUGCACUCCGGGUUGCUGCAGGGAGGGGAGGAGGAGGGGGAGAUGGGGGAGGGAGGGGAAGGGAGGGAGAGGGAAGAGGUUGGGGAAAAGGGUGAGAGUGGGGAGAGGGGAGGAGCAGAGGAGGCGGAGAACGGGGAGGAGAUUGAUGGCAGAGAGCAGUUAGGGGAAGGAAUGGGUGAAGGAUUAGGGGGAGGAGUAAGGAGAGGGUAUGAGGGAGGAGCAGAGGGAGGGGAGGGGAGAGAGGAGGCGAUGGAUAUGGCAGUGCUGGCGUUGGAGGCACUGAAACAGUGUGUGGUGGUGCAGGGGGAGGAGCUGGGGAAGGACCAUCCUGCUGUGGCAAGGACGUAUGCUCUCGCUGCUGAUGUGUACUGGCAGAUAGGGCAGACGGAGGAAGCUGAGAAAGUGAGCAAGAGAGCAAUCAAAGUUCUAGCAGCCAUGCCAGCGGCGCACCAGCGCAGCGAGGAGGCAGCAGCAGCGCUCUCCCACGUGGCUCUGCAUCUCAAGCGCACCGACCGCAAUGGCAUGGCUGUGUCUUUGCUGCAACGAGCGCUCAGUAUUAGAAAAGAGCACCCAGAUCAUCUGCUGCAGGCUGUAGGCACAGCAACAGACCUCGCCUCUCUCCUCCUCACCCUCCGUCGCCCCAACGAGGCCCUCCCCAUCCUCCUCUCCGCCCUCCCCUCCCUCCGCUCCUUCCUCGGUCCCUCCCACGCCGCCUCCCUCCCCCUCCUCUCCCUCCUCUCCGCCACGCACUCUUCUCUCGACCAAUGGAACGAGGCGGCGAGAGUGGUGGGGGAGAUGUGGGAGGUGGUGCGAGGGGAGGGGAUGGAGGAGGCAAUGGGGGAGGCUGUGAGGGGCGAUGAGGCAGCAAUUGGCAUGUGGAUACCCCUGGCUGAUGCUCUGGGGAGUGAAGAGAGGUUCCUUCUGCUGCAGCAGGCAUUGGAGCAAUCGGAGAGGGGAGCAGAGGCAGCACAGGAUGCAGCAGCUAGAACUCGCUGGCUUGAGGUGCUUAGGGAGGUGACAAUGAUCAAGGAGGAUUAG